GCUGCAGAUCGAGACGCGCGAUAACGUCAACUGGCAGCGGCAACGGUAGUUAGCAGCGAGGUUUUCGCCAGGCGAUUCCAUGAUCACGUCAGCGAGAAAGAUGGAUCUGCAAGAACGCUCGACCUUCUUCGGCAACACGGCGCAACGAGCGAAAUUUAAGAAAAUGCCGAUACUCUCACAAUUGUCGCGCCGGUUUCAUGACAUGUUGACGACAGAUGCGAAACCAGAUCCGCCACGGACCGGAAUCGAAGGCUACACACACAAUCUUCCACCGAUACAGGAUGAGAACUUGAAGAAAACGCAAUCAAAAUCGAUGCCCACCACACCGGAAAAGGAGCAUGACGACGUGACGUCGAUGCCAAGGCAAAAGUCGGUACCGAACGACGCGACGCCCACCGAUUUUUGCGCGGAUCCGGAGGAUCUCGGCCACACAAAACCAACAAGCGAAUCCAAGGAGUACAAACGACCCCGGACAAAAACGAAAUCGAAACAAAGCAAAUAUUCACAAGCCACGAAUGUCGUGAAUUACAACAUUGUCAAUUCCAACGGAGUGAAGAUCGGCGCGCGAACGAGCUACAUAUGUAACGUAAAUCAGUAUCCAGCAAAUAACGCGUCCACGGCACAGUCUGAAGCGACUUCAGGGUCGAAGUCCAAGCAUCGAUCAAUGCCGGAAAUCGUGGAGGAGCUGAGCACAUGUAAUGAGGAACUCACGUUUGACGACAUGUUCCUUAUUAAAACCCACGUUGGGCGCGGGUGGCGGGAUGUCGCAAAGGGGCUUUCGUACUCGGAUGGACAAAUCGACCAAUUCGAGGAGAAUUACAGGCACAAGGGUAUUGACGAGGUGAUCUAUCAGAUGUUACUCGAUUGGAAGCAGGCUAAUACGCGGGACGCUCAACUCGGCAUAUUAAUCAGCGUGUUGUGGUCUUGUCAGGAAUAUGAUUGCGUCGAGCGAUUAGUUGCAGCACGCAAAACUUCAACAGUUUAGUCGGACACAUCUCGUCAAAAUCUCUACGAACGCUUAUAUUGGAUGAAUGCAAAAAUCCUGAUUUUUUUCUCAAGCAAUAGCUUAAAUGAGCUAUUGCGGCAUCCUGUAGUUACCAGUUUGAUUCGAUUGUGCUUACAUUGUGAAACAAAAAGGGUAGAAGACGAGCAACUAUUUUUAAUACGCUUUACGAGUAUCGGAGAGAUUCUGACGUCACACUUGUCGUCACAAAAAUAUGUAAGCGGCGUGCGAAGGCCGAAUUCCAUCCGAACGAAGUGUGAAAGGAUUGUUCGUGCAGUUAAAUAAAGCGUUUUAUUUAUGAAGAAAGGGAAUCUAAAAAUCUGGAUUUUGCACUCAUCCAAUACAUAUCGUAUACACGAACGAUUGUGAUUUUUUUACUCGAAACUGCAUUCCAUCUUUUUUAUACAUAUCAUACUUUAGGACGUAGUAUGUAGACGCACGAUCUUGAUUGUUCGCAUUCGUCUAACGUGCUGGAUUGGCUGAAGGAAUAUUACUGACCGGACUGAUUCGUAUUCAGCCUUCGCCCGAUUUAACAAGGCGCGGAAUUGAAAUGAACUUGCGGUUCUAGCGAGGGCAUGAUUUGGUUGAUAAUGUUAUCCAGACAUUGAUGAGCCUAACGUGACAGGCACAACUACAUCUACACGUAACAACAUAAUGUAUACAUGCAUUUUUUACUUGUAAUAAUACGCAAUGUAAAAUUAAGGGGAAAUAAAUGUAUCAUUCUCCAAAAA